CGCAGCCGCCGAAGGAGUUUGCAAAGCCGCGGCGGGCGCGUUGGCGGGGCAGCAGCCGGCCCCGGGGAGGGGCAGGGAGGGCAGAGAUUGAUGUCUCAUCACUUGACUAGGCAGCCCUGCCUCUGCCUGGCUCAGCGGCUGCAAACACCCAGCCUCGGCGGCGGCGUGCAGCCCGCUCCCCCGGCAUCCCUCCCGGCUGCGAUGAGCCCCGGCGGGCAGCGGCGCUAGGCUCGUCCCCGCCAACUUCCUCUCCCCCCCCCCGCCUUCUCCGUCCCUCUUGCUCGCAGCAUCGGUGAAAAUGGCGAGGAGGGAGAUGGAUGCGGACGGGCUCCCAGGGACGCUGGUGUCUCUGCAGCUCCUGCUGCUGCUGCUGGCGGCGGCGCUGCCCGCCGGCGCGGCUCGCCCGCGGGUCCCCCUGCCCGGGGACGUGAACGGCCACAGCCUGCACCCGCCCUACUUCAACCUGGCCGAGAGCACCCGGAUCUCCGCCUCGGCCACCUGCGGGGAAGAGCGCGGCGCGGCCGGCGGCCGCAGGAGCCCCCGCGCCGUGGAGGAUCUCUACUGCAAGCUGGUCGGCGGGCCGGUGGCAGGAGGGGACCCCAACCAGACCAUCCAGGGGCAGUACUGUGACAUUUGCACAUCGAUGAACAGCAACAAGGCUCACCCCAUAACCAACGCCAUUGAUGGAACAGAGCGCUGGUGGCAGAGUCCUCCCCUCUCUCGCGGGCUGGAGUUCAACCAGGUCAAUGUGACCUUGGACCUCGGACAGCUGUUCCACGUGGCAUACGUCCUGAUCAAAUUUGCCAAUUCCCCUCGUCCGGACCUCUGGGUGCUGGAGCGAUCUACUGAUUUUGGACUUACCUAUGAGCCUUGGCAGUACUUUGCCUCGUCCAAGAGGGACUGUAUCGAGAAGUUUGGCCCGAAUACUGUGGAACGUAUUACCAAGGAUGAUGACGCCAUCUGCACUACUGAAUAUUCCAGGAUUGUGCCUUUAGAAAACGGAGAGAUUGUCGUCUCGCUGGUAAACGGGCGCCCGGGAGCCAUGAACUUCUCGUAUUCACCUCUCCUGCGGAAUUUCACCAAAGCCACUAACAUCAGACUGCGCUUCCUGCAGACCAACACGCUGCUUGGGCACCUGAUGGGCAAAGCCCUAAGGGACCCGACUGUGACCAGGAGGUAUUACUACAGCAUCAAAGAUAUCAGCAUUGGAGGGCGCUGCGUCUGCCAUGGCCAUGCGGACGUCUGUGAUGCCAAGGACCCUACUGACCCCUAUAGGCUGCAGUGCGAUUGUCAACACAACACCUGUGGUGGCUCAUGUGAUCGUUGCUGCCCGGGCUUCAACCAGUUACCCUGGAAACCAGCUAUGACUGACAGCGCUAAUGAAUGCCAACCUUGCAAUUGCAAUGGUCAUGCCUACGACUGCUACUAUGAUCCAGAGGUCGAUCGCCACAAGGCCAGCAAAAAUUACGAUGACGAGUAUAAAGGGGGAGGUGUCUGCAUAGAAUGUCAGCAUCAUACGACUGGCAUCAACUGUGAGAGGUGCAUCCCUGGGUACUAUAAAUCCCCUGACCAUUCGAUAGACUCGCCCUACAUUUGCUACCGUUGUAACUGUGACUUGGAGUUCACCGAUGGCACCUGUGAGGACCUCACAGGUCGCUGUUACUGCAAGCCGAAUUACACCGGGGAGCUCUGCAAUGCAUGUGCAGAGGGAUACACCGACUUCCCACACUGCUAUCCUGUUCCAGCUUUCUCUCACAAUGAUACUGGAGAACAGGUGCUUCCGGCUGGACAGAUAAUACACUGCGAUUGCAACGCCGCCGGGACGGAAGGGAAUGCCUGCCGCAAAGACUCUCGAAGGGGAAUGUGUGUGUGCAAACCCAACUUUCAGGGAGCUCAGUGUGAUCAGUGUGCACCUGGGCACUAUGGACCUGGCUGUCAGCCUUGCCAGUGUUCAGGGUCUGGCCAGUACGAUGGCACCUGCGACAGCGAGACCGGCCAGUGCCUGUGCCGAACUGGAUUCGAAGGGUAUUCAUGUAACCAGUGUGCACCCGGCUACUUCAACUACCCUCUCUGCCAAUUGUGCGGGUGCAGUGCUGUUGGGACGCUGCCAGGAGGCUGCGACUCGGGUGGGAGAUGUUUCUGUAGGCCUGAGUUUGAUGGGCCUCGCUGUGAUCAGUGCAGCAUGGGAUAUCAUUCCUACCCUCGUUGCCAAGCUUGCUCCUGUGAUCCCCGGGGCUCAGUGGAUAACAACUGUAGCCCAGCUGGUCAGUGCCGGUGCCAUUCUAACUACGCCGGGCACACCUGUAGCCAGUGUGCACCAGGAUUCUAUGGGUACCCCAGCUGCACACCUUGCCAGUGCUCCCCAGAGGGCUCUCUCCACAGCACAUGUGAUCAGGAAACUGGACAGUGCAGCUGUCGCCCCAAAGUGGCUGGAGUGCGCUGUGACACCUGCAUGCCAGGGGCAUAUGGAUUUCCACACUGUGAAGUGGGCUCCUGUAACCCAGCAGGAUUAGCAACUGUAGACCCUUCCCUGUCUCCGGGUUCCUGUGCGUGUCGGGCAUAUGUCGAAGGUCCAGCUUGUGACCGGUGCAAACCACGCUACUGGAACCUGACUCCAGAUAACCCCCAUGGAUGCACAAGCUGCCAGUGUGAUACCAAGGGCACCAUCAGUGGAGUUGCAGAAUGUCACCAAGACAAUGGGCAGUGUUUCUGCAAACCCAGCGUCUGCGGCCAGUUGUGCUCCACGUGUAAGGAUGGAUCCUUCAACCUGGACCAUGCAAAUUACUUUGGCUGUCAAGGCUGCCGGUGCGACGUUGGUGGGUCCAUCGGGACGGCAUGCGAGGCGAGGACCGGAGCCUGUCACUGCAGGCAGAAUACACAAGGCCCGACAUGCACCCUGCCUGCAAGGGACCAUUAUUUCCCUGACCUCCACCACCUGAAAUUAGAGUUGGAAGAAGGCACCACGCUGGAUGGCCGGGCCGUUCGCUUUGGCUACAACCCCCUGGAGUUUGAGAAUUUCAGCUGGAGAGGAUAUGCUCAGAUGUCUCCCAUUCAGCCCAAGGUAGUGGUGACUCUCAAUGUGACCUCCCCUGACCUGUUCCGCAUCGUCUUCCGCUACGUCAACCGGGGGCCGGCCAGUGUGGAAGGGAGGGUCUCGGUCCUUGAGGAAGGAAAGUUUAAUGUUUGUGGCAACUGUACUGAGCAGACCAAGCAGAUCAUCUUCGCUCCCAGCACCGAACCGGCUUUUGUCACCGUCCCUCAGAACAGCUUCGGGGAGCCCUUUGUGCUGAACCCCACUGUGUGGUCUCUGAUCGUAGAGGCAGAGGGCAUACUGCUGGACUAUCUGGUUUUGCUCCCCAGUUCGUACUACGAAGCGCCCAUCCUGCAGCUGAAGGUCACAGAGGCGUGUACCUAUAGCCCAGCCCCUGAACAAGCCAGUCAGAACUGCCUCUUGUACAAGUACCUGUCUGUGGACAGCUUCCCCUCUGCGGCUGGAGGAGACAUGGUGUGCCGGCUGGACAACAGCUUACCCAGGCCCUGUCCCACUGUGCGCAUCACCCCAUCGCACCCACAGAUGGCGGUGUGCAGCGGCGGUGACGUGGAGGUCCAGCUGCAGCUUGCUGUCCCCCAGCCUGGGAGAUACGUGCUGCUGGUGGAGUAUGCCAACAAGGAUGCUGUGCAGAGGGCCAGCGUAGCGAUGAGCUCCCUGCAGUUAGCCACCCAGCAGGGGUCACUCACCUUCCACACAUGUGACUACAGUUUCCUUUGCCGUGGGACUGUCUUAGAUUCACAGAAUCGCUUGGCAGCUUUUGAACUUACCACAGAGGGAACCGUUCGGUUCACUGCAGAUCAAGCCCACUUCUUCCUGUAUAAAGUGUACCUGAUACCUUAUGGACAAUUCACCGUGGAAUAUGUUGAGCCAAAGGUUCACUGCAUCAGCCUCCAUGGAACCUUCUCACCCUCCAGUAGUUCCUGCAUCCCAUCAAGGUUUCUGAAGCUCUCUCAGUCCAUUGUCCUGGAAGCAGGCCAGGCUCUGUCAAUCCCUCCAGACUUUCCCCUGACUCACAUCUUCACAGUUGCUCCAACUGGCACUCCCACUGAGCCAUCACCUCGGCCUCCGACUGCAGUGGACUCCUCAGCAGAGCUCAUUCUCCUGCAGCCUUCCCAGGCUGCUGCUGUGUUUAACAGCCGGAUCCAGACGCUGGGUCGCUAUGCUUUCGUUGUGCACUAUUACCAGCCCAACCACCCCACGUUCCCUGUGGAAGUGUUAAUCAAUGGUGGGCGGAUUUGGCAAGGCCAGGCCAAGGCUGCGUUCUGCCCACAUGGAUACGGUUGUCGGAGUGUGGUGGUUGCCGAGAACCAGAUCAUCCUGGACCUUACGGAUAACGAGCUGACGGUGAUUGUUCGUGUGCCAGCAGGCCGGCAGCUGUGGCUGGAUUACAUCCUGGUGGUGCCUGAAGACAGCUACAGCUCCCAUUAUCUGCUGGAGGAACCCCUGGACAAAUCCUACGAGUUUAUCAGCAGCUGUGGGGUCAAUAGUUUCUACAUCAAUCCCACCACAGCAUCCAAGUUCUGCAGGGACUCUGCCAUCUCGCUCUCUCUGUUCUACAACAAUGGAGCCCAGCCCUGCCGUUGCCACGAGGCAGGGGCCAUCAGGGGCCAGUGUGAGCUCUUCGGUGGGCAGUGUGCUUGCAAAUCCAACGUCAUCGGCCGAGAGUGUUCCCGGUGUGCCACCGGUUACUGGGGCUUCCCCAACUGCAGGCCUUGUGACUGUGGGACCCGCCUGUGCGAUGAAGUGACGGGACAAUGCAUCUGCCCACCGCAUACCAUCAAGCCUGAGUGUGUUGUCUGUGAACCCCAGACCUUUGGCUGCCACGCCUUGAUUGGCUGUGAGGACUGCAAUUGUUCUCACACAGGAGUCCAAGAACUGGCAGAGCCAGGAUGCGAUGCAGACAGUGGACAGUGCAGGUGCAAACCCAAUAUAAUAGGACGGCGGUGUGAUGUCUGCUCCCCUGGCUACUACCAUUACCCGCACUGCCGGAGGUGUGACUGUCAUCAGGCAGGGACGGAAGUGAGCGUGUGUGAUCCAGUCACUGGGCAAUGUCACUGCAAGGAAAACGUGGAGGGCGUGAGGUGCGACCAGUGCCGCCUGGGGACCUUCUCUUUGGAUGCAAACAACCCCAAGGGCUGCACCAAGUGUUUCUGCUUUGGAGCAACCGAUCGCUGCCACAGUGCUGAGAAAUACCGAGUGGAGUUCCUCAACAUGAAGGGGUGGGUGUUACUGAGCGGAGACCGCCAAGAAGUGACCACCUCCCUGAGAGUAGAGGAGGAACUCAUUCAUGCUGACCUGAAGAACAUUCCCGAGGCCUAUCAGGAGCUCUACUGGCACGCACCCAGCUCUUACCUUGGAGACCGGGUGUCCUCCUAUGGUGGAUACCUGAGGUAUGAGCUUCGCUCAGACACCAGAAGGGGUGAUGUGUUCAUUCCCAUGGAUCCCCGCCCGGAUGUCAUCCUCAAGGGAAACCAAAUGAGCAUCAUGUUUCUGGAAGGCACUUACCCUUCCCCUGGAGAGGUACAUGAAGGCCGGCUGCAGCUCGUGGAGGGUAACUUCAGACACACUCAGACGCACAACCCAGUGUCCAGGGAAGAGUUGAUGAUGGUGCUGGCUAACCUAGAGCAGCUGCAGAUCAGAGCGCUCUUCUCCCAGCUUGCCUCAUCAGUAUCUCUGCGUCGGGUGGUCCUAGAGACUCUGACGGAGACCAGCGUGGGCAUCCGAGCCAGCAACGUCGAACUGUGCUUGUGUCCGGCAAAUUACAGGGGAGAUUCCUGCCAGGAAUGUGCUCCAGGUUAUUACAGAGACACCAAGGGCCUCUUCUUGGGAAAAUGUGUUCCGUGUCAUUGCAACGGCCACUCAGAUCAGUGCCUCCCAGGGUCUGGAAUAUGCAUCAACUGCCAACACAACACGGAGGGAGAUCAUUGUGAGCGGUGCAAAGAUGGUUAUGUAGGCAACUUUUCCCUCGAGGGGCCAUUGCAGUGCAUGGGAUGUCCAUGUCCUCUUUCCGUUGCUUCCAACAACUUUGCCAUUGGAUGUGUCCACAAGGGCUCCACCAUGCAGUGUCUCUGCAAGCCAGGCUAUGCCGGAGCCAUGUGUGAACGGUGUGCCCCAGGUUACUAUGGCAACCCCUUAGUGAUUGGCAGUUCCUGCCAGCCGUGCGACUGCAGCGAGAACACGGAUCCCAACAUGUUGUUCAGCGACUGCGACUCUCUGACGGGCACCUGCACAGGAUGUAUGCACAACACGGCCGGGCCCCGGUGCGAAGUGUGCGCCCCAGGGUACCACGGAGACGCGGUGGCGGCAAAGAACUGCACAAGGUGUAACUGUUUGCCGUGCGGGACUGAGUCGUGUGACCCUAGAACUGGCCGAUGUCUCUGUAAACCUGGAGUGACAGGUCAGCACUGCGACUGCUGUCAGGAUGGGUACUAUGGCUACCAUGGCUGCUCUGGCUGUCGAAAGUGUGACUGCGACAUUGGAUCCAUAGGCACAAGCUGCCACGCUGAGACUGGUCAGUGUAGCUGCCAGCCCGGGGUGACUGGUCUUCGAUGCCAGCAGUGCGCACCAGGCUACUGGGGGCUCAGCGGGCAUGGCUGCACAAAGUGUCAGUGUAAGGGGGGCUCCUGCGACCCCCGGACUGGAGAGUGCACCUGCUCCAAUGGCCUGACGGGGAAGCAAUGCGACACCUGCAUAGAGAAGUAUGAGAUCCCUGUAGCAAAUGGCCUGGACAGCAUGAGGUGUGAAGUCUGUGACAGCUGUGUGCUGCUUCUGCUGGAAGACCUCCAGAAGAUCGAGGCCUCUUUCCCCAUCAUCAGGAACCAGUUGAUCAACCUGAACGCCAGCUCCAUCGCUUGGGCCCGACUGCAUGGUCUGAACAGCUCUGUGAAAAACGUGUCUAACCACCUGCGCGAAUACCAGAGAUCCAUGAACAGGGUCAAGCAAAAGGCAGAUGAGUUGGAAGACGAGAAUGCAGAGCUCACUCAGGAUUUGAAUGCACUGCAGCACAAGGCAACAAUGACUCACAGAAAAGCAAACCAUCUGCAGGAGCAGACAAAAGAGACCUACCAGAGGGCAGAGCACCUGCCAAUGAGUAUCCAAGGCAUCCUGGAUAGCAUUGCGGAUUUGGUGCACCAGAUGGACAAGUUGGGGACUGCAGACACCAGCAUGGCCUCCUCUGAGGAGUUCUGGCAAAAGAUGGCUGAGGUGGAAAGGAUGCUGAAGGAGAUGAAGGAACGGGAUUUCCUCAGCCAGAAAGGGGUGGCGGAGCGUGAACAUGAGAAGGCUCAGAAAUUGCUCCAUCGUGUGAAGAGCGAGCUGUACAGCAAGUGGGAAUCCAACCAAGACCUGGUGAAGAGCAUCAAAGACUUACUGGCUCAGUAUAGCUCAGAGCUGAUGGAUCUCCGAGAUGCUCUCAAUGAGGCUGUGAAUAAAACCAGGCAGACAGAGGACUUGAACAGCCUAAAUCGGAACAACCUUGAGGAGAUCCAGCGAAAGAGUGAGGAGUUGCAGAAGCAGUACGGGGUGGUGCAGGACACUCUGCAGAUGGCUGAGGACUCCCUGGUCCAGGUCUCGGAUCUUCUACAGAUAAUAGAGAAUGCAAAGGAGGAGUACGAGAAGCUAGCUGCCCGGCUGGACGGAGCCAGGUACCCCCUGACAGAGCGGGUGAAGAAGUUUUCUCCCGCCAGCAGUAAGAUCCCAGUCGUCGAAGCCGCUGAGGAGCAUGCUAGGCUCCUGGAUGAACUCGCUCGGAACCUUUCCAGCAGUAUCCAGGGCGCAAACCAGGAUGGGUUUAUCCAGCGAGCAAUCAAUGCCUCCAACGCAUAUGCCAGCAUCAUCAAGGCUGUGAAGAAUGCUGAGAGGGCAGCCAAAGACGCCGAUGAGGCAGCCGGUGAAGCUUUGACAAGUGUUGUAUCUGGAGAUCUUGGUACCCUAUCUAAAGAGCUGAAGAAGAACAGCAGUGCCCUGGAGCAAGCCGUGAAGAGGGAGCAGAGGAAACUCAAUGGGGUUAUUAAAGGGACAUUGCAGGCAGUCAAGGACAAACUGACCGAUCUCCGAGAGAAGAAGGAGCAGCUCCUGAACCAGCUGCGAUCUAUACAGAACAUGCUGGACAAGGACCAAGAUAACACCACGGCAAUUAUUCAGAAUGCCAAGGCUGCAGCUGCAGCAGCCAACGACACGGUUGCCAGGGUGGAAGAUGCAUUGAGCAACAUGAAGAAGAACCUGGAUGAGUGGAAAGACCAGUAUGGAGGCCUUAAAAAUGAAGAGUUAAACCAGGCAGUUCAAGACGCCAAGAAGUCUGUGUCGAACCUGGAAAGCACCAUUCCGCUGCUGCUGGAGAAGCUGAGUGGCCUGGAGAACAGGAGGAAUAAGAACUCCACUGUGUCCGAAAACAUCGUGCGAAUCCGCCAGCUGAUCACGCAGGCCAGAAAUGCUGCUAGCAAGGUGAAGGUACCAGUGAAGUUCAACGGCACCUCGGGCAUCCAGGUCCGGACUCCCAGCGACCUGCAGGAUUUGGCCGCCUACACCUCCCUCAAGUUCUACAUCCAGAACCCGGAGCCCAAACCCAGGCAGCGGCGUCAGGAUGGAGCCGACGCGGGACAGUUCGUCUUGUACCUGGGCAAUAAAGAGGCCAAAGGAGACUACAUGGGUAUCGUGCUCAAAGACCGCAAGGUGCAGUGGAUCUAUAAACUUGGGGACGAAGAACCUACCUAUUUAACAGUUGAUGAAGAGAUCGGAGAGCAGUUUGCUGCAAUCAGCAUCAACAGGAUCCUGCAGUAUGGACACAUGUCUGUGACCGUGGAGAAGCAAACCUUGCACGAGACGAAAGGAGACAGCAUAGCCAAAGGAGAGCAGGGGCUGCUCAACCUCGAGCCGCACAACGUGGUCUUCUAUGUGGGGGGCUACCCCGCCGGCUUCACGCCUCCAGUGACACUGCGCUACCCCAGCUACCGGGGCUGCAUCGAGAUGGAUACGCUGAAUGAGGAGGUGGUGAGUCUAUACAACUUCCAGCGCACCUUCCACCUGGACACAGCUGCUGAUAAACCCUGUGCAAGGUCCAAAUCCACAGGAGAUCCCUGGCUGACAGAUGGCUCCUACUUUGAUGGUACUGGCUACGCAGAAAUCAAAUUUGAGAGCCAGAUCGGCUCGACCAAGCGCUUUGAACAGGAAAUUCGUGUGGUCUCUUACAACGGGAUUCUCUUCUUCUUGGAGCAUCAGGGCCAGUUCCUGUGUCUGGCUGUUCGGGAUGGAAAGCUGGUGCUUUACUAUGACUUCAAGGAAGGCCUUGAGAUGGCAGCAUCCAGCAGUGACCCCAUGUCUCUCACCGUCAGCAGCACCACGAACAAAGCGAUCCAGAUUUUCCUCCUCACCAUGAGUUCCAAGAAGCGCAUCUUAGUGCGGCUGGAGCGACACACCAUCUUCAUGGUGGAGCAUGAGAACUCCCUGGAGAAUGCCGUUUCCUACUACCUGGGGGGCAUGCCUGUGCUCCUGCUGCCCGAGAGCUUGAAGGCCAUCUUCCCCAAAGGAGGUUCGAUCCGGGGCUGCAUGAAGGGCCUGAAGGCACUCGGCAAAUACGUUGACCUAAAACGCAUGAAUACAGUUGGAGUGAGCUAUGGGUGCACCUCGGACCUCCUGGUGGCCCGCUCGGUUAAAUUCCACGGCCAUGGCUACCUGACGCUGUCUCUGAAGAACGUGCCCUCGUUGCAGGACUUCUACACAGGCUUCAGCUUCCGAACUAGCCAGAGCAAUGGCCUGCUCUACUCCCACAGCACAGCGGAAGGGAAUUGUCAGGUGUCUCUGAAGAAUGGCCGAGUAGCCGUGACAGUUCUGAAAACCGAACUCACCACAAAACAUGCCUACGCGGAUGAUGCCAGCCACUACGUCGCCAUCUACAGCGACGCCACGGGGGUUCGGCUUUACAUAGAUGACCAGCUCCAAGGGCCCAAGCAAGGGGCCCAUCACUACAGGAGGCAUAGGCGCCAGGAGGAGCAGAUGCUGUUUCAACUGGGCGGUUUGCCAGGGGCCGGCGCUCUUAGCAACCUGACGGGCUGCAUCGGGAAUGUCUUUGUAAAGCGGAAGUUGGACCCGCAGAUGGUUGUGGACCUGCAGCAGAACACAGAGAGCUUCAACGUGACCAUGAGCUGCCCAUGGGACCGGCAGCCGCAGCAGUUGAGAGCGUCUCUGAAGGAGGACAGGCGGAAACUAAAGGUGCCAAGCAAGGCUGCAUUGAAAGACCGCAGACAUUACCAGGACAGGACCUGCCAGUUACCCAGGCACCCCAAAGCUGCUAAAGGUGCCUUCCAGUUUGGAGGAUCCUCCACGAGCCAUGUGGAAUUCGAUGACAUCCCAGCGUCCUUCCGCGAAAGGUCCCUCUUCUCCAUGGACGUCAGGCUGAACUCAUCCAGUGGGCUGCUGUUCUACGUAGCCAGCAAACUGCAGGGCUCCUUCAUGGCCCUCUUCGUCUCCAGUGGCCGCUUCGUGUUCCUGGCAGAUCUCAAUGGGAAUAAACUGAGAAUCCGGAGCAAAGACAAGUACCAUGACGGCAGGUGGCACACAGUCUUCUUCGGCAGAGAUGGGAGCAGGGCUCAACUGGUCAUCGAUGGCCUGAGAGCUCAGAACGGCGUGGUGGCUACCGCUGGAGACUUUCUGGUUCAAAGCCCGUUUUAUGUGGGGGGAGCUCCUGCUGCGAAAGCCAAGGCUCACGUUCCAGAUACUUCUGUCCCCAGCUUUAGCGGCUGCCUGAAGAACUUGAAACUGGAUGGGAAACCCCUGGACUCCCCCUCUCGCGUCUUCGGAGUGACGCCCUGCUACGAGGGGGCUCUGGAGAGUGGCAUCUUCUUUGCUGCAGAGGGUGGAUACAUGACUUUAGCCGACUCUGUGGCGAUGGGGCAGGACCUGGAGCUGAGACUGGAUAUCCGGCCCCGGAGUGCCUCUGCCUUGAUUUUCCACUUGGGCACGCAGAGAAAGCACUACCUCACUCUGUACGCAGAUGACACAAAGGUCACAGUGAAAGCAAACACUGGGGCUGGGGAGUUCUCCACGUCGGUGGCCCGUCCAUCACUCUGUGAUGGCCAGUGGCACAGCAUAGCAGUCAUCAAAGGCAAAAACGUGAUCCAGCUGGACGUGGACACAGAUCGAAACUACACAGUGGGACCCAGCCAGACUCGCUCAGUGGAUACCAAAGAGACGCUCCAUCUCGGGGGCGUGCCAGGAACUGCCAGGCUGGGGGAUGUUUUGCCGUCCCUGCUGACUCCUCUUCCCCAUUACGUCGGCUGCAUAAGGAAUCUGGUGAUAAACCGGAACCCCGUUGACCUGCCACAAGCUGGGACUGUUGGGGGCUCAGUUGGCCUUACGGGUUGCCCCGUGAUUUAAAUAGCGUAAAGCCUGAAGUAUGAAAAGCUGCACUAUCCGCCAGGUGCCUUGCUGGGACUAGACACUGAGCCUGCGCUCUCUUGUAGCCUUGACUAACAGCUGCCAGAGACACAUGAGCUCCAGAAACUACGGUGAAGCCAUGGAGGUCCAAACCCAGAGAGGGGCCAAGCCUGCAGCUCCCCACUCUCUCUGUUGUCAUCUUUUUAUCUUCGAUUGGUUUUGAUUAUUUGUGCCUCUAAGGAUGCAGCCCUCCGUAAACCCCAUCUCCAGCACGUAAGUGUUAGAGACAAACCCCUGUUGUCUAUGAACCAUGGCUCUUGCUGCUUAGAACAGCAGUGUAGAAGGAGAAUGAGUAGAGUGCACAGCAGCUGUACAUCACACCCAAACCCCCACCUCUGUUCACGUCACCUGAGGCUUAUAGGGCUUCCCUGCUGUGGGGGUGGGCUGGAGAGUUUAAGUUACAAACUCUCUUGUCAGAGGAGUAAGAACAGCCUUUGCUAAACCUGGCUCUCAGCAUAGUAGUUGGGCAUGCUGUUACUACUGUCUCUUCACUGGAGUAAGGCCAUUGGGAUAUGCUUCAAGAAAACACCCCUGAGAACUGGAAGUACACCAGUGUGUGUUGCCAACUUCAAACAGAUAAUGAACAAUACAAAGAUUUCUUUAGAGAUAAGUAUGAACAAGCUAAAGCUGACAGGUGUUCAACCUGUAGUCACAGAGCAUUAUAAAACUCCUGGAUCAAAGGCAAAACAGUCUUCUCAUUCGAGGAAGAGAAUCUUAUGGUGUCCCAAAGUUUAAGAAGAGAAUCAAGAUUUGUAUGCACACGGCCAGGGGAGGAGGAAACAGUGAGCUACUUCCACUCUCUCUGGCUCUGGACGUGAUCCUGCAAAGUACUGAUCACUAUCAAAUCCCUUUGCCUUCAGUCGGCGUGGAGGGCACACAGCACCUUGCAGGUUCAAGUCUUCUGUGUGCAACUCUGAAAACUCCUCACUUGCCCCCAGCCAAACCCUACCCUGCUCCUCUUCAUCUGCUCCCUUGUGAGGGGUCAAUAGUGGUGCAGCCCCUGUGGUCUUCACAGGAUCCAGAGGGUAAGCCUAACAUGAACAUAUGGGGAUCUAAGGGGGGUUAAGGUCUUGUAGUGCUAAGAUUGCGCCUAGGCAUACCAUCAGAAGAGACAAAAUAAAUACAUUUUCGGUACUCCCCCUGUUUUCCUACAGAGUUCAACAAUUUCUGGGUUUGCUUUGGAUUGACUUGUUUGAAUCUAAUUGCUUGACAUUCUACAACUAAGUUAGGAAUUCUGCUUAGGGGUUGGUUCAUCUUUGCAAGUACAAGCUGUCUCUCCAUCAUGUAGGUAUUUUGGCAGUGUUAUUCACAAAUGUAAAGCAAUUGUCCUUUAAGGUGAGAUGGGGGGGGGGUCAGUCCCCCCUGUGCUAUAAUUAAUUAGCCCUACCCUGUCAGGCUGUGAAGCAGCUAAGGGGUGAGCUGAUGCUUUAAUGCACGCUUGUGCCUUUUAGAAGAACAGAGAGAACUCAGUCUGAGGAAGGAGCAGGCCUGUAGACAGACAGACUGGGGUGGAAGGGAGCAGCGGAUAGGCUUUGGCCAUGCAGCUGAGAAGGGCUCUGUGUGUUUGGUAGGAAAUGCAGUGAGGCUGAAUGCUAUGAUUUGGCUGGUACCACAGAUCCUGCAGAGCUUGACAGCUAAGGACCUUACAAAAAGGUACAUGAGUAGAUUGUGAUGCUAGCUUGUUUUACAGUGAAUUAAAUACUUGAGCAGACAAUAGAGGCUAUAGGACAUUUUUCUGAGCCCAAGAGACAGAAAGGCCUGAAGCCAUCCACCACUGCCUGACCAAUCAAUGCUUCUUACAGUUAGAGGCUGUUGGCAGGUUGUUCUGAAUCAUGUGGAUUGGCCAAGUGAAAACACAACCGUGAGCCCUUCCAAGGUUAACAAGUCGAUCUAAAGAGUCCCAGCAAACAAUAGGUUAUGAAAGAAGUGGUGUUCAUGCCCAUUCCACAACACCUCUUCCUGCCCCUCUGGGCAUUAGCCAGCAAGGAGGAGCUCAGAGGGAGCUAGAGCCUGCCCAACAGAUACCACUGAGGGAAAAAAAAUCUCUGGCCACAACGUGUGCAUGCACCUAAUCUCUCCCGCUGGGAUAUGCACAUUGCCUCUAUAGCAAAACAUCUCUGUGCAUUUAGCUUGCUGCAGCAUUCUGAGUGCUGCCUGGGAUUUCAGGAGGAAAACCCACCUCACGCUAGUUGAAAGGAAGAUGUCAGAUUUGAGAAUCUCUGAUUUUGGGGAAGGAGGGAAGCCCCAGGGAUAUGAUAUUCCUAGAAACUUUUAACCCUGUCCCCCAGUGAAGACCUGUUGUAUGACAACAUUGUGUUUAUUUCAGAAAAAAAGAUUGAUCAUAACCCUGCCAAGCUUUGCUGUAUUUGUUACUUUGCCCUCUGACGCUUCUCACCUGUGGCAUCUUUAUUUCUAAUGUCCACUGUAGUGCAGCUUUCAUUUAAAAACAAAACCAUUUUUCCCCACUCCACCUAUAGUUCACUUAUAUACGUCAUAUAUAUUUGUGUGUAUAUAUCUAGUCACAUGGGGACAAAAUCUUGUUUCUGAAAUGGAUUUAUAACUUAUAUCUAUGAUUUUUUAUGAUGGGUAAAUAUUGUAAAAUGGGCUUUUAACAUGUCUUUAUUAUCUUUCAACAAAUAUAAUUAUGACCCAUUUUUAAACUGUAGUAUUAAAGAUGGUCUUUGUAAAUCACUGGUACAUAUUUUUGAGUCAAAUAAAAGUUUGUUAUCUACUCUGUUUGAAGAGGAAGAUGAGAUUUAAGCAGCAGCUGGAUUCUUUUGAAGGGAUUAGUCAGCAGAUGAAACAAUCCUGUUGGUCUCACUAACCUAGAAGUAGGUGACUGCUGUGCUGUGGCAUUUGUGCGACACUUGAGGUGGCAGUCCCCAACUUGGACCCUGAAUCAAGUUAGCUCCUAGGAAGACUCUUUAGUUGCUAAAACAGAUCAGCAACCUUUGGCACACAGCCCAUCAGGGAAAUCUGCUGGCUGGCUGGGAUGGUUUAUUUACCUGUAGCAGCCACAGGUUUGCCCAAUUGCAGCUGCCGAUGGGGGCUGUAGGAAGCAGCAGCCAAAUAUCCCACAGCUAUUUGACAUCUUUGUUUUCUUCUAGGUCAUUGAUAAACUAUCAAUCCCCCAAUUUUUGUGUGAUCUAUAAUGAAGAGAACAAGUUACCAAGCAAUCCAGUUGCUCUGAAUCAGUAAUGGGUACAAAGAAUAUAGGCCACACCGAGACACUCUCUCCUAGAAAGCAGUCAUCCUGAGAAACAGAUGGUGGGGCAUGGUGGAUAAACAGGCUCCCACUGUGCUGCAGAAACAGGAAAUCUCAACUAGGAAUACAGAGGUUAUGUUACCUCUAUAUUUGGCAGAAAUAUGAGCACCAGAACUGAGCACAGUACUUGAAGGAUGUAAAUAAAUAAUUCUCCUAGCUCUUCUCACAACCCUCCCCAAUUUAAGGAUUAAAAUAAUUGCUGAAUAGGCUGAAGGAGCUCACUCUAUUUAGCUUAAUUAAGCAAAGGUUAAGGGGUGAUUUCAAGUACUUACAUGGGGAACAAAUAUUUAAUAAUGGGCUCUUCAGCCUAGCAGAGAAGGGUAUAACACGGAGCUAGACAAAUUCAGGCUCGUAAGUUGAAUGGUAAUUUACUACAGGACAUGAUCACUUUUUAAUCGAGAUUCGAUUUUCUCCCCUAAAAGCUCUGCUCUAAGAAUUUUGGGGAUGUUCUCUGGCCUGUGCAAUGCAAGCCGUCAGACAAGAUGAUCACAAUGCUCCCUUCAGGCCUGGGAAUCAGAGAACCAUGGCUCCUGCCAGGUGCUGUAAUUUUGGACAUACAUGCUGUAACCAUGAGUUGUCUGCUUUUUUUUUUUUUUUUUUUUUUAAACAUACAGGGGAAUUUUUCGAAGGCAAACGUGGGUAUCAUUUGGUGCCUUUGAAGAUCCCCCCCAGCCCUAUUCCAAUCCAGAAGAUUAGAUGAGCUCUUUGCUUUUAAGUGAUACCAAUUUACUACUGUCUUUGAAUGAAGAGUCAAAAGCACAUAGUCAGCUGACUCACUGGCAAACAGGCUAGCCUAAUUACUUAAGGCUCUAUGACUCCAUGACCACAAAGUGAUUUGGCAGAUAAAAAUCCUUUAUUUGUAGAUUUAGUGUAAGGAUAAUAUGAAGUUAGCUAGUAAUCCUACUGAAGUUGCUUAAAUUAAUGUCUUAGGACUAUUCAUAAGGGAGAGCAGAUAAUUUAAUCUAAACUCAUAUCUUCCUCUUCAUCUUUCUUUUCCUUUGAUUCUCCCUCCUUUUGGUCUGACUUGACAUUGUUCUGCAUUGCUUUAGCAAAUGCUUCUACAUCUGAAAAGUAAAAGAAAUGUAUUAGUUAGGUUAGCUUUGCACCAAGAACAAGAUACAUGAUCAUAAAUUAGACUGAAGUUAAAAUAGACAUCAUUUAGCAGAGGAAACAGGGUUGAAAGUUUGAAUAAUGUUACCUAAACAUACAAGCAGAUUUUGACAAUCAGUGGAACUUUACUAAAUUGAUACCGUACAUAUACACACACUGGUCAUAACGGAUUUACCAUACCAACAUUUCCAGGCUUAGCAGAGUGGAUAACGGUGCCUCUGACAGUGGGAGGACCUAAGAGUUACUGAUUAUUGCAGCCAUGCCUUCAAUUAAAUAUUCCCACUAGAAAAGCAUUAGCAGCUGAGUGACUGCAACAGGAAAAAUAUUUUUAAGUCCCAACUGUCACUGUGAGCUCUGCUGCAUUUGGGUAUUGUGCAUAACUCCAGUACUCUCUCAGACUCUAGCCUCUAAAUCAAGAAAGCAGCCUCAAAGCUACUUAGGCAUCAAUACUGUGCAAUCUUAGAUUAAUAGAAACCUCAGGAGAGACUGAGCAAACAACAUUUAGACUGUGUGUUAUGGAGAGGAGUUUUGGAAAAAAUGUACUUAGUAAAUAAAAUGUCUAAAGAGCCCAAAAGCUCUUAAUCCCCUUGACUUUCAAUGAGUUUAAGCACUUAAGUGAUUUUUGAAAACAUUACCCAGCAUCUGUUGCUAUAACAGAUUCAGACACUGCAGUCAGUCAGUUACAGGGCAACAGUGAUGUAAAUCCAUGCUCUUUUAAGAGAAAAAAAAAACAAAAAAAAAAACUUACCACCUUUAUUUGCUGCAUCUACUGCCUCAGCUGGUAAGCCAAACUGACUCAUUAGUGGACCAAGUUGUCCUGAAGCUAAAGCAGCACUGAACAUG